UGUUGCUGUACAAGCCAACCCAGACUGAUCUCACCAGUUCCGGUCACGUUAUUCUGUGUUUACGCCUUCGCUCGCUCCCUCGCUCGCCUCUGCUUCUCCUCUAACCUGCCAGGGCCUGCUGCAAACCACCUCCGGCGCCCACCAUUUCCAUCACAAUCACCAUCACCUCCCCAGCUUUGCCAAGAGGGCGCAGGAGGAGGAGGACGGGGACCGGGGAGACGGGGAAGAAGCAGCCGAGAGAGCUAGCAUGGAGUCUGCAACUUUGGGACGGGUGCCCUUGUGUGUCCACUGCGCCAGGAGGCUUUGAAGGAGAUCCAGGAGGAAGAGGAGGAGAAAACCCAGUAAGGGGGCGCGAGGGGUGGCGGGAGGGGAAUCUUCCCCCUCCAUUCCCUCCCGCCUCCCUCCCUAAUACCUCCUUCCCUCGCGCCCCCCCUCCCCGCCGGGUGUUUGUGGCUGACACGGAGGAGGGGAGCGUUUGGAUAACCCUCCAGGGGUGACGAGGACCCAACCUGUUCGCCCUUCCUUGCCUUGGCAUCUCCCUCCAUUGAUGACACCGAGUCGUAGCCACCAGUUCGUGCUGUCGCCUCCUCGUUUUGCCCAGGCUCUGACGGUUGACAACUGUGUUGCGAUGGAGACCCUGUCCCUGGAGCACCAUAUCCAAAGUGUGCAAAGACACAUCGCCUUCUUGAAGAAGGAGCAGAUGGAACUCCUCCACGAUUUGCACCUGGAGAUCCUGCACUUACAGAAGCACUGCACAGAAUUGACUCAUGAUCUUGAAACAAAGGAACUGGAAGCCAGCCAGCAAGACAUCAUUGACCAGGAGCUGGAGGAGAAAUGCAAGAUCAUGGAAGCCCAGCUGCAGGAGAAAGAGAUGAACAACAUGGAGCUACGCAAGGAGCUGAGGCACAAGGAGAGCUUGGUGGCUGCCCUCCGCUCCAAUCUGAGGAACAAAGAGAGGAAGUUCCUGGAGGAGCUGAAGAGGAGGAGCCACCGCGUGACCAUCCUCAACACAGAGCUGCAGAAGCAAACAGAAGCAGCUGCCUACCUCUCCUUCCAGCUCCACGCCACCAAACAGAAGCUCCACAGUUCCCGGCAGAGUGGGAAGGCCCUGCCCGAGAAGCCCCCCGAGAAACCUUUCCUUCCUCCGCCCUGUGGUGAAGCGAGGCCCAAGAAACGGACGCAGAAGUCCCACACUCGCCGGCAGGCUUCCAGCAACUUCCACAGCAGGGGGGCCUUCAAGGAGCUUCCGCCUCGCGACCGGCUGAGCAGCUUCGAAGACGUCGAGCCCAUGCCCGACCCGGCGCUUUUCCUGUACAUGAAACGGCACCACACGCCGCCUCACCGCCAGAGAGCGGAGCAUCAUAAAGCCUCGGCCUUGUCCGCCAAGGCGGGCGCCGACCAAAGCGACCCCAAAGGCAGCCGGGCAAGGUCGGCAGCCCGGCAGCCCUCCUCAGAGCCAAUGGAAGCUUCCGGAGGCGCCAGGACUUUGGGCAAGCCGCGGCCGUCUUCCAAAGGGGAGCAGCGCAAGCGAAGUGGCCCCAACCCCCAAACGUCAAAAGAUGUUGACUAAGGGGGGAGGCAAGCGAGAGAGAUGUGGUAGAAAAGGGGGGGACACGCAGCCAUUUUGAAAUCGUUUUUCUUAAGAGGUCACACUGGGGGCGGGGAGGGGCCGAUCUUAGAGGUAGUCUCGAGGGGAAGUGCUGUGGGCCCUCAUAGGUGCCGCCAUUUUUUCUACCAAGUUGGGAACGGCGUCUGCAACAGCGGAACUGCCAAGCCUGGGGCGGUUUUGAACGUUGCGGUCAGAGCCAAAGUGAAUGUAGCAAACCGUUUGCCACUACAACACUCAACAAGCACUGCACCACGUCUCGGCAAAGAGGAUCGAGGAACUGAACCUGAAGUUUCCGUGCCUUCAGAUUAACAGCUUUGUUUGUUUGCUUGCUUUUUUAGUUUUCUCCAUUUCAAAUUCUGACAUCAGCUUCAACAGCCUGCUGUCUGAAAUCUUGGGGUCAGUGGCAAAAACUGAAGCUGCAAUGCUGGCAGCUGGGUUUUUAACUCUUCUGAAUGUGUACAAUUCGUCCCAUUUCAAAUGGACGUGGUUUUCUUUUCCGUUUCAGCACUUGUUGCGAUACCUUUGGCUCAAAGAGAAGGUGGCCUUAGAGGCUGGUUAUGGGAGAGUGUUUGGGGAGGGGGCUUUGAUGGGAUGUGCUGGGGAGGAACUGGGUUUUGGGGGAGUAUCUAGAGCAGGGUAUUCUUUUUUAAAAAAGAAAAGAAAAGUAGCAUUCAACCAACCUCCCUCGGGGUGGGUGGGUGUCGCACGACGAGGGGUUGGAUAACAGAGCAAAGUGCAACUCUAGAAAACAUAAACGUGAGUGGUGACCAUUGUUCUGCUUAAGUAUAGGAGAGCAGUAUAACACCAGAGUUGAAAUCCUGGAAAGCCAGAGAGAUUUUAGCCCGUUGAUCUUCUGUGACUGCCUCCUUGGCUAUUUUUUGGAAGCUACAGGGGAGACUUUGUCUAAAAUUGUGAGGGGUGUUCUGCCCGAGGGGGUUAUGCCCCCUCCCCCAUAAUGCAAGUACCAAUGGGCAUAUUGCAGUACAGGGUGCGAUAGCAGGCAUCCAUCCUCAGAGGUAUUUGGUGAGUGAUUUAACUAAGGCUGGGUCUACACUGAUCUGGAAAACACUAUAAAAAAACCCACUGUUAAAAAUAUAGCUCCCGAUGCAAUUUCCCAUUGGCGGAAGUUCGCUGCUCUAUGGCGCCCUCUGGUGUCACAUUUUUAUAACACAUUUUUAACGUUAUGACUCACCAGUGUAGAUUAGUCUUAAGUCUCUCCUGCAAGGCUGAGAACCCUGUGUCCCUCCAGAUGUUGCUGGACUACAACUCCCUGAUCAUCAACCAGGCUGGCUGGGGAUUAUAGGAGCUGAACAUCUGGACGGCCACCGGUUCCCCAUCUGUGGUCUUCCUCUUUUUCUCUCUUUGCUUUUGCACUCUCCAGGCGGGGGAGGUGCUUCCAAUUCCUAGGCACUCCCAGUGUUAAAUGGGCAGAUUUUUGAAAGUGAAAUCUGAAUUUCAAGCCAAACUUAAAUUCUGGGUUUGGGUGUUUGUUUGUUUGUUUGUUUGUUUGUUUGUUUGUUUGUUUUUUGGCCAAGUUUUGAAUGUGGACAAAUGUUUGCCUUGGGCAAAAGCUGAAUCAUAAACACAGGGGUAUGUAUCUAUGCCAGGCAUCCCCAAACUGCGGCCCUCCAGAUGUUUUGGCCUACAACUCCCAUGAUCCCUAGCUAAGAGGACCAGUGGUCAGGGAUGAUGGGAAUUGUAGUCCAAAACAUCUGGAGGGCUGAAGUUUGGGGAUGCCUGCCUUAUACCCAUUGCCCAGUGUGUCACUGAAGCUUUGACUAAUUCAUCUUUCGUUUCCCAUUCUAAUAAUAAGUCAUCCUUUUUUUUUACAAUAAUUUAUCCUUAUUCCAUAAUAAUUCUCUUCCAAACUGUGAGUCCAAAACAUCCGGAGGGCCAAAGUUUGGGAAUGCCUGACCUAUGCAUUCCAGUUCCUAGGUUCUACCAUCACAAUACUAAGAGCUUGAUUUAAAGUAUCUACUCAGUACUCCAAUGAUAGAGGGGCUUUUGGUGACUAUUUCUAGAUGACCACCAGAAGACCAUGAUUUGGGUAAAGCUGAGGGGGAGCCAGCAGGAACAUCCAACAUUAGUCAUACUCAGAGCAGAUCCAUUGAAAUGAAUGGGUGUAAUUAACUUUAACUUUAACUUUUUUUCCAAGUAGAAUUUAGUUGACUGUAGAGCUUGUGCAUUCCUGUCUCCCGCUCCAAUAAUUUGAGUACUGACCUGCCCAACAGGAAUAAUUCAGGUUUUUUGGUUUUUGUCUUUUAAAAAUAUGUUUGGGGACCCAAAUCAUGAAGGACUGGGGAUUUUUCCAGCCUUGGUCGGCCUCCAAGUUAGGGUGCUGAAAGCCUAUCCAGCGUAAUGGUGAGGGGGGUGUUGGAUAUGCACGCAUAGAAUCAUAGAACUGUAGAGUUGGAAGGGACCCCAAGGGCCAUCUAGUCCAACCCCCUGCAAUGCAGGCAUGUGUAAGAAGAGGGGGGGAAAUUGCACAGCAACCUGUUCACUGAAGACGUGGAGUGAACGGGGUGAAAUCAACCGACCUCAGUCUAGAACUCCGCCAUCUUCCAUGGAGUUCUGCGACUCAGAGGUUUGGUUCCAAAUUCUCGUCGACAGAUCGCUUUACCUUUUGAGGCAGAAGACGGGCCGCUGAAUGACAAUCAACACAGUUGAAAGGGUAUGGCUUGUCUGUUUUAAAGAGGAAUUAAGCUGUUCUGGGAAAGCCACCAGGGUCUAAAAUACGCAUCUGUCUGUGUCCGUUCUCAUGUGCUUGGCUGCAUAUACACAAGGCACUGAAAUCACAUUUGCUCUCCGCAAAGAAUCCUCGGAACCGUAGUUCACACCUCGCAAAGCUACAACUCCCAGCACCCUUAGCAAACCACAGUUCCCAGGAUUCUUAGGGUGGGUGGGGAGGUGCUUUACGUGUGUGGUGUGUAAGCGGCCCAACAAGUUUUGCUCACCUGCUUCCAUAGUGACGUUGUGCUUAUUCAAGGCAGUGGUCCAAAGUGCUCUUACGAUGUACCCACAGAGCAAACUUGGGAGAGAAAGGUAAUGAAUGAAUGAAAUAAUAGGAACGCAAGAGGGGGCUGCAGCAGAAUGUUGCAGUAUGAAGCAAUCUUCUUUUAGGAUUCCAGCCAUUCAGCAAUGCCUUUUUCCAGGAUCCUCCAUUCCGUUAUCUUUCCUCCCCUGCCACUGAGAAUCAGAUGCACGAUAUGCCGUAUUUUUCCGUGUAUUAGACGAUGGUUUUUGACUCAAAAAUCAUGACAAAAAACAGAUAGUGGCAUGGGGGGGGAGUGGCACGCCCGCCAGCCAGCCAGUUGGCGGGAGCGUAACUUCCCCCGAUGCCGCUGCUUGCAGGAAACGAUCUAGUGAGUGUUUUCUGCCCACAGCUGCGUGGAGGGGAGAAGCUCAACAACUUUGGGCCAUCUCCCCUCAUUUUUUAAAAAUUGAAUCCCCCAAAAUAGAGGGGGGUCUUAUACAUGGGGGGGGCGUCUUAUAGACAGAAAAAUACGGUACAUUUAAAGCGGUAUCAUACCACUUCCCCCAAAGAUUCCUAGGAAUAGUAGCUUGUUAAGUGUGCUGAGAAAUGUUUGGAGGUCACCCCAUUCCGCUCACACAACUACAGUUUCCAGAGCGAUUUAACAGUCAGCUGCUCUUCCUAAGGGACCUCUGGAAAUUAUAGCUAUGUGAGGGAAAUAAGGGUCUUCUAGCAGUUCUUUGGGAGCAUCUGUGACUGUUUACAGGGGUAUAAAACUGCUUUAAAUGUGUAGUGCAAAUGGGGGCCCAACCCCUUCGUUUGUUUUGCUACAUAUUCUGCAUGUGUGAACUUCUACAUGCCUUUGGGUUUCCACUUGUCCCUUCUAGGCCCGGAUCCGAGUGGUUUUGCCCUUGUCCUGCCAUUUUCCCUGGGGAAACCCACUCUUUAGCAAUAAAUCAGCGCAAACAACAAUCCGGAGAAACCCCAAUUGAAGUUUGCUCCAAUUCAGCUGUAAAGAUCGGGUGCAAGGGCAAGUCUGGAUGAGUUUCCAAAGACUAAAAUCUAUUUAAGAGCAGAUUACUAAGCCUGCGGUGCACAAAUCAAAUCUAGAUCUGGUCCAUUUCAUUUUGCACGUGUGCAUAAAUCUAUCCAAUCCCAUUUCCACAUUCAUCUGUAUAUAUAUUUUUAUCUGCACAAAAAUUCACAUUGUUUCAUGUUUUCAUACAUAUUUCAGAAAUGUGUUUUGAUACAUUUCGUGAGCCAACAGAAGAUUUAGGAAACACAAAAGCAAGUAAUAACUUACAGCACUUAUUCAGAAGUAAGCCCUCUUGAUCUCAGUGGGCAUAGCUGCCAAGUCUCCCGUAUUCCCCGGGAAAACCCAGUUUUUCCUGCUGUCCCCAGCCGAAAAAACGGAUUUUUUUGUUUUCCCCCUGUUUGUUCUGGCGCGGCGGCCAUUUUGGAACAGGGCAGAGCAGCAUCAAAAGUAGCUUCUGAGCAUGCUCCGCCCAGUUCCAAAAUGGCGGCAGCGCUACUUCCGGUCUGCUACUUCCGGUCCAGUCCCUUAUUUCUCAGGCCGGAACUUGGCAGCUAUGCUCAGUGGGUGAUAUUCAAUGUGGCUCGAAAAUGAAAGUCACUUAGCGGUAUACAGUACUUGCUUCGUGGGCAACAUGUUUUUCACCAGAGGAAUUUGGUUGCACAAGGGAAUGCAUCGGGUGGUUGUACGAUAGUUUUUGCAAUCAGCUGUGCAGAGAGUUUCUGCUUCUGCAACUGUUGCUCAACAUUAAGACUCACCUGUCUGCUAGCACAAGAGAAUGCUGGAUGCAACCCACGGGGGCCUACUCCCAGAUAACUGUGGUUAGGAGUGCAGGUGUAAGAGGUCUUCCAGUCUAUUUCAUACCCCUCCCAGCUGUGUGGCAUAUCAUGAGAUGAAGCCCCCGAACUUCUGGGUCAAACCCAGAACCCGGUAACUCUGUGUACUACACUCAGCAGGUUGGAUCCAGACAAGUAAGCUGAAAUCGGGUCCUGCGGAAACCAGUUGGGCAAGUUAACUUUGAGAAGGACCGCGGAGGUGGUGGUCGAACACCUGCUUGGCAUGCAGAAGGUCCCAGAUUCUCCAGGUAGGACAGGGAGAGACUCCCCCUCUGAAUGCCUGGAUAUUCGCUAUCAGUCAAAAUAGGCAAUACUGAGAUAGAUGGACUUUGUAUAAGGCAGCUUGCUAUGGAUGGUAUACAACUAGGUUUGACUCAAGAGUUGAAAUUAAUGGACAACCACUGAGCCUAGGGCUUGCCGAUCAGAAGGUCAGCGGUUCGAAUCCCCGCGACGGGGUGAGCUCCCGUUGCUCGGUCCCAGCUCCUGCCAACCUAGCAGUUCGAAAGCACACCAAAGUGCAAGUAGAUAAAUAGGUACCGCUUCAGCGGAAAGGUAAACGGCGUUUCUGUGUGCUGCUCUGGAAGCGGCUUUGUCAUGCUGGCCACAUGACCUAGAAGCUGUACACCAGCUCUCUCGGCCAAUAAUGCGAGAUGAGCGCCGCAACCCCAGAGUCGGUCACGACUGGACCUAACGGUCAGGGAUCCCUUUACCUUUACCUUGUAACUUAGUCAUGUUCGUUAAUUUCAAUGGGUUUACUCUUAGUAAAACUUAUUGGGACAGCUUCCUGUGUUCCUACUUUAUUUCCCAUUGAAAUCAUGGGGGAACCAAGUUUCAACUGACAUAGUCUGGAUCCUAUCUAAUGAAUGAAGCAGUUCAGGGGUACUAGCUUGGCACUCUUUGGAAUGAAGGUUUUGAAUGACGUGCAGGGUCUGCAGAACCAGGCUCCGCUUAUUUACAGCUAGUCUUUCUUAGGCCUAUGUUUCCUUUUGUGUAGGAAGGAGUAGACCCAUGCAGUUGCACAGUGCAAAGAGAUACAAGGUGUGCAGUAACGUAAUUAAUUUUUAGUUGGGCAAUCAAAUGUUCCGAUCAUCAGGAGUUUUGUUUCCAUGAGGGUCACAUUAUUCUGUACAGCGUAGAGCAGUUGGGAAAACGUCUAAAUCUGGGCUGGAAAACCAAUCGCCUUCCAGAAGUUGGUGAACUCCAACUCCCAUCAGGUGUGGCCAAUAGCCAGGGAUUGUGGGAGUUGUAGUCCAGCAACAUCUCAAGGGCCAGAGGUUCCCCACCUUUGGAAUAAACGCAAAUGGGGUGUUGGCAAUCACAUGAAUGGUAGUGGCUCAUGCCCACUGGCAACUGGUAGGGCAGAAGGUGGGGAGCCAAACAGUAGGUGGCGCCAGAGCCAAUGACAAUUCAUUCUAGCUUUGUCCUCCUCCCUCCCUCCUCCUCCCUGCUGAGUUCUUCAGGGCCAAUACAGUACUGAGAGCAAGGAGGAAGAGGAAGAUGACAGCCAGGGCUCCACUCUGGACUGGGUAUAAGUAAGAAGGCAGAUAGAUGGAGGCUGACUGGCAGCAGACUGAGGUUGGUGGGAACAACCUCCACUGCUUAUAUAUGCAGCUGCAGACAGCAUCAGAAAUCAGCGCCCGCAAACAGGCUACAGCACACAUAAACAAAAGAUAUUUUCUCACUAAAUUGGUAAACCAGUGUCCAUACCGCACUAGGGAUGAGCAAAUCUGUCCAUUUCAGUUUCUUAUUUUUCUAGUCUUAAGUUUUCCCAUGUUUUCCCAUCAGUUUGCAAAUUUUAUUUAAAGUCCUCGUGGAGAUUCAUCAGCCUCUUCAGGUGAACUUCUCCUAACAUAAGCAUCUUCCUGUGCCCUUUCCAGUACUGUACUCUCUUUUUUUUGUACUUUUUUUUUUUGCAAAACAGCUUCCCCUCAACACAUUCUUGUAUGCUAUUUUUCACACCCACAUGUGGGCAAUUCCACUCCUCUCUUGCUUCUUCGGUGGCUGUUUUGCUGCAGCCCAAAGCUUCGUGUGCUUCUGAGAUGGGAAUGAAGCUCCGGCUCGCCUGAGGCCGCUUUGCCCAGCGCUGUGCAUGCGCAGCGAAGAAUUCCCCAUUGCAUGCGCAGAGAAAAGGCUCGUAACGGAGCCCGCUUUCGCAUGCAUGUAGCGCCACGUAAGCGUUGCGGCUUCUGGGUAUGCAAUGCGGCUUUGCUCAUUCGGAGCAACUACUGUACAUUCAAAAAGAUUUGGGUUUCUUUUUUAAAUGAUAAUAAUAACAACAAAAACCUUUGUAUUUCUAUAAACACAAUCAGAAAUAUAUAUAAAUAUAUAAAUAUAUAUAUUAGCAGUGUUUUUACAUUUUUAAGCAAGGAGUCCCUGCAUCUGAAGGAAUAACUCGCAAAAGCACACACCUGAUGAAAUGCGGAAUCUUUUCUAACAGCUGUGGAUGGGUGUAUGUGGUUGUAUAGACUGCCUUGUAUAAAUUAUACACUGAACAAGAAAUUUUUAUGAUGUUCUUUCUCCAUCUUCUAUUAUAGGCUUCCUGCAAGAGGAUUAUAAAUAGCUGAAACGGCACAUUUUACCUGUGAACUUUUACCUGUGUGCAAGUCCCACCAAACUAGGUGGAACUUAACUUCUGGAACUGACAACUGGUUGCACAUUUGUUGUGUAUAUCGGCCUUCUUCAACCUGGCGCUCUCCAGAUGUUUGGAACGGCAACACCCAUCACUUGUGACUGGUGGAUUGUCUGGGGUCGAUGGGACCCAACAUCUGAAGGGCGCCAGCUUCGGGAAAGGUCGCAAAUGUAAAUAUCUACUGUAUUUACAUUUAUCAGGGAGGCGUACCAAAUGAAAUUGGCCCGCUUUGUACGAUGAGGACCAACAUUCAAAUGUUUUGUUAACUUGUACAGCUUCACAACAAGACUUUGGGAAGGCAGAGGCAUAGCAAUAACUCAUUGUAGUUAUGUAAACAGUACGUCUUGUUAUAUUCACAUGGGCUAAAGAUGCCUUUGGUGUAGCUUAACAAUCACUUGGGCUAUGGUUUCCUGAUUUUGCAUCUGUCUCCUCCAUUCUGGAAUUGUCCAGCUGGCCGAACAGCUCUUUUUGUCUUUAUUUUGUUGCACGUUCUCCAAAUGAAAAUGUUGCCUCCCCGCCACAAUGUGUGUGUCUAGCUUUUAAGCGCUCUGAGAAUUGUGUCCCCUUAAAGUGAAACUUUGGGGCAGGGAGGAAUAUAUGAAUACUGCUCUUAUGGGAGUUGUUGUGCAUCAACCUCUGGAAGACCAAAGCUUCCCCACACCAAUGUGAGCAAUGGAUUCAAGCUACAAGGAAGAAGAUUCCACCUAAACAUUAGGGAGAACUUCCUGACCGUAAGAGCUGUUUGGCAGUGGAAUUUGCUGCCAAGGAGUGUGGUGGAGGUCUUUAAGCAGAGGCAUAUGUCAAGAAUGCUUUGAUGGUGUUUCCUGCUUGGCAGGGGGUUGGACUGGAUGGCCCUUGUGGUCUCUUCCAAUUCUAUGAUUCUAAGAUGUUGGAUCUGGCAAUGCCAGUGUAAGGCCAGCUUCUCACAACCGCUAGAUGAGGUGGUAAAUGCAGAUCUCUGGACUGUGCCACUACAGACUGUAGACGCAGACUCACGUCACUGAAUGUUACUUGGCUGAAACAGCAUUCAUAAAAUCCUACAGUCUUUGCUCCUACCAUCAGGAAAUUUCUCCAGCUGUUCCAUACCCUCCUACAUUUAUCUAAUGAAAAUAGGGAUGUCCUGUUCCAUCAUCAUUUUACAGUGGUACCUCGAUUUAAGAACAGUCUGGUUUAAGAACGAUUUGGUUUACAAACUCCGCAAAACUGGAAAUAGUGUCUUGGUUUGAGAACUUUAUAAGGGACCCAGGUGGCGCUGUGGGUUAAACCACAGAGUCUAGGGCUUGCUGAUCAGAAGGUCGGCAGUUCGAAUCCCUGCAACGGGGUGAGCUCCCGUUGCUUGGUCCCAGCUCCUGCCCACCUAGCAGUUCGAAAGCACAUCAAAGUGCAAGUAGAUAAAUAGGGACCGCCAAUAGAGCCCAGAGUCGGACACGACUGGACCUGAUGGUCAGGGGCCUCUUUACCUCUUUUUAAGAAUGGAAUCCGAACAGUGGAAGGGCACCAGCGGAGGGAAGCCUCAUUAGGAAAGUGCACCUCAGUUUAAGAAUGGUUUUCGUUUAAGAACGGACUUCCAGAAUGGAUUAAGUUCGUAAACCAAGGUAAAGGUAAACUCUGGGGUUGCGGCGCUCAUCUCGCUUUACUGGCCAAGGGAGCUGGCAUACAGCUACCGGGUCAUGUGGCCAGCAUGGCUAAGCUGCUUCUGGCGAACCAGAGCAGUGCACGGAAACGCCGUUUACCUUCCCGCUGUAGCAGUACCUAUUUAUCUACUUGCACUUCAUGCUUUCGAACUGCUAGG